CUGCUUUUUCGCCCAACGUCCAUUACGUCUAGGAAGCGGUUUUUUAAAAACUUUGAGCACAAGGCACACAGGGAAAGUUCAUGGCUGCGCCGGUGUCGAUAGGAGACGCGAUUCUCCUGUCCCAGCUGGCAUACCGCCUGGGACAUGCUGUGAUCAGCGGACGUAAACAGGCGCCAUCCGGUAUCCGAGAGGUUCAGAAUCAGUUAUAUGCGCUAGGAAAAGCAUUGGAGUCGGUCGAUCAAUGCACUGAGAAGCAAAUCCAGUCGCAAAUCCAGCAAAGCCUAAGAACAGGCCACCAGGCCAGCACAGAAGGUGGCGGGGAUCGGUAUGCAGCGCUUGGCAUGAUGGUGAAGAACUGCCGCGAUACCCUGGAGCAGAUGGAAAACUUCAUGUCCCGAUACAGGGAUAUAGAGCAACCCGCGGAUAGUAAAAGUAGCAGCAGCAACUGGCGAAAGGAAGUGAAGGCCAACUGGAAAAAGAUCAGGUGGACCACGGAAACAGGCGAGUUAGAUACGAUUCGGGGGAAUCUGAAAGUACACAUCGCCAGUCUGAACUUGUUCCUAUCAGGGAUAAACCAUUCGCAAUCAAAACAAGCGGACGGUCGCCUUGGUGAUGUCCACUCCAUGGUCUCGGAUCUGCAUGAGUGGUUCACAAAGAAUUUGAAGGACCCUCGAGAUACCAAAAAGCGAGGGGUGGGUGGACCUGGAUCGACAGCUACGAACUCGCCCACUACCGUCCAUCAUGCUCUAGACCUUGUUUUUGAGCUGUCAAGGGAAAUGAGGCCAGGCUCAACUCCCUUGGUCUUGUGUCCGAGAGCUUCCUUCCGGAGCGGCUGGGUUGACAGCUUAGUGGAGCCUUCAAAGCACGCUGGGAGCAUUUUCCGAUGUCGCUGUCCUGGGGAAUCUCACUUCGAUGGUGUUCAAUACCGAUUGGUCCCAAUCAGUCUUGUUGUCCGUCUGGCUCGGCAGACGCCUGUAUGGCAGAUCUUCUGUGUUUCCGAUGAGAUCACAUCUCUUGUUAUAACAGGCGUGGCGCCCGCUGAUCUAGCGGCCUUACAGGAACAGAUCAACCUUUUAGCCGCAUCUCAGGCAAAUUUAUCGGCGACCAAUUCGUCUUCAGUCUACUGCUCGGCGGGCGAGACGGGCCCGAUUUCCUCUGUUCUGGACUGUAAAAGCGAAACGUCCCAGUUCCAAGGCCAGAUAACGUCAGUGACGUUCAUCUCCGGAGCAGACCGUUUCAUGCAACAUUCCAUCGACACCGUGCACAUCUUCCACUAUAGGACUGAGGGGAAUGUUGGUGAGGACAUGAGAAGAAACUUACUUCAUCAGACCUGGGCAGAACUGGUGGUUCAACCUCUUGCAACGGGCCCAACAACGAGAUUUAUCAUACGGGUGACCCGCUUGACAAAUAUCGUCAACGGAAACGAUUUACGCGCGGUGGGCGUAUUGGACGUAUUUUGCGAAUCGCAAAAUGAAGAUGGUUCUAACGACCAGAGGAAAUGUGAUAAAGUAGAGAUCGUAUGCGCCACAGCCCGUUCCGCGCAGAAGCUGCGUUAUAAUCUGGAGUGGAUUACACAACAGCUUCAGUUGCAAUACUUACAAUUCCCACGUUUAAGUGAGAGAGUUGUAGCCCAAAGAUCUUGCAGGGAUGUGAUGAUCGAUCAUCUGUAUCUUUCGAGCCCACAGGCAAUCAUAGUUUUCGACCCGGAGAAGCAGCUACAUCGUCUGAUUCUCCGUAGCAGCUCGCUCGCAGCUGCCGUUACGAUGGAGCUUCCAGAAGCAGUCUUAAAGAGAAUCCAUGACAGUACAUCGACCGGCGCGGAAGUCAUGCCGCAGGCAUAUUUCGUUGAACACAGCCGCGACGGUGCCGAGGUCGAAACUCGCCUCAGCCGAUUUCCGCGCGAGCUUUUGGAGGCGCCAAGUGAAGAGUUAGGGAGGCUGAGCUUGUGAGAAUUUCGUGUAGAAGUACCGUUCCCGCAGGCGAGUUCCCCAAGGUUGGUGCGUUCUCACG